AUGGGUCCUUAUCGCUUCGAUCAAUUAUCACCUGAAUUGCAAGCAAUUGCCAGCGAUAACUUUACAUUUCAAAACUGGGCCAAGACCUUCAAAUGUACACCGGAAUUAUUAUUUGAGCCUACUACGGAAGAGCAAGUUCGCCAGGUGAUUUUGUUGGCCAAAAGCCUCAACAAACCACUCAAGGCAUUUGGUUGCGGCCAUUCUCCCUCUGAUCUAGCAUGCUCUCCAGGAUUCAUGAUAAAUAUCGACAAGAUGAACAAUUUGCUUGCUGUGGAUACCAAGGCUUGUCGAGCCACUGUACAAGCAGGCAUGUCACUUCACAAGUUACAUCAGGUGUUGAGAGAGAACGGACUGGCGCUCAGCAAUUUGGGCUCUAUUUCGGAUCAAACCAUCGCAGGUGUCAUGGCUACUGCUACUCAUGGCACUGGUGCUGAAUACGGCUGCUUAUCUACCAUGAUCGUCGAUUUAACUUUGAUCACAGCCGAUGGCAGCAUUUUGUUUUGCUCACCCACAGAGAACAAGGAUGUAUUCGAGGCAGCACGCUGUAGUUUAGGAGCACUAGGCAUCAUCACCCGGAUGACACUGCAAGCUGAACCUGAUUUCAAGUUGGAAGCCAUUCAAAGGCCAUAUAAGUUUUCUGAUAUCUUGAACGAUUGGGAUGCAGUGAUUCAUUCUGCUCAGCAUGCUCGUGUGUGGUGGUAUCCCCAUACAGACGAUUGUGUUGUUUGGAAGGCAAAUCGUACAACAAAGGAGAUCUCUCGAUCUGGUCCUAGCUUUUUGAUGGAGAGGGGCUACGGCUUCCAUGCCUAUCAAGCCAUGUUGAACAUCACUCGCUACAGCACCUACCUCAUCCCCUAUCUUACUAAAUUGAUGUUCAAUACCCUCCACUCUCAAACUCUGCAAGUAGUGGAUGUAUCCAACAAGGUGUUCAAUUUUGAUUGCCUGUUUCCUCAGUAUGUCAAUGAAUGGGCUAUCGACUGGAAGGAUGCACCUGAUGCUUUGCGCAAGUUGGAUAAGUUUAUCACCGACAAUGAUCUGAAGGUGCAUUUUCCUGUGGAAAUUCGAUUUGUGGAUGAGGACGAUGUGUGGUUGAGCCCUGCGUAUGGUCGCAAGACGUGUUAUAUUGGCGUGAUCAUGUAUAGACCUUAUGGUAAGCCUGUGCCCUAUAAGAAAUACUGGAAGGGCUAUGAAGACAUUAUGCGUGAAUACAAUGGACGCCCUCAUUGGGCCAAGGCUCAUGGUCAAACAAGACAAGAUUUGGAAGCUUCUUAUCCUAAAUUUGACGACUUUUUGCGUGUGCGCCAACAAUUAGACCCACAAGGCAUGUUCCUGAAUGACUAUUUGAGACGCCACGUUAUAUCCUCUGAAAAGGGAACAGCUAGACUUUAA